GCCCCGCCCCCCCGCGCACGCUCCUGAGGCUCGUGUGAGAACGCUCAGCACAGAUCUGCAGUUAUCUCUCAUCAGAUCCGAUCCCAUCUGAUCCAGGAGUCAGAAUCUGAGCCGUGAUGGGUCGCAAAGAGCUUCAGUGCAGCUGGAAGAAAAUCACCAACAACAUCAAAGACAUCUUUGAUUUUAAAGAAGUGCUCGGCUCGGGUUCGUUUUCUGAAGUGUUUCUGGUGAGAGAGAGACAGACGGGCAACUUCUACGCUCUGAAGUGUGUGAAGAAAAAACAGCUGCACAGCUCCAACCUGGAGAACGAGAUCAAAGUUCUGAGGAGGAUAAAACACAGUAAUGUGGUGGGGCUGGUGGAUUUCUAUGAAAGCCGAACACACUAUUACCUGGUCAUGGAGCUGGUCUCAGGCGGUGAGUUGUUUGAUCGUAUUCUGGAUCGAGGUGUUUACACUGAAAAAGACGCCAGCCUUGUGAUCAAACAGGUCCUGGAGGCCGUGUCAUACCUGCAUCAGAACAGCAUCGUCCACAGAGACCUGAAGCCGGAGAAUCUGCUGUACUACAGUCCGGAGGAAGACGCCAAGAUCAUGAUCAGUGACUUUGGUCUGUCUAAGAUGUCUGAUCAUGACGUGAUGUCCACCGCCUGUGGAACGCCGGGAUAUGUCGCUCCGGAGGUUCUGGCUCAGAAGCCGUACAGUAAAGCUGUGGACUGCUGGUCUAUUGGAGUCAUCACAUACGUGUUGUUGUGUGGAUAUCCUCCGUUCUACGAGGAUAAUGAAACCAGGCUGUUCUCUAAAAUAAUGAAGGCGGAGUACGCGUUUCACUCGCCGUACUGGGACGACAUCUCCGAGUCGGCGAAGGACUUCAUCCGUCACAUGCUGGAGAAAAAACCCAGUAAACGUUUCACCACUGAAGAAGCGCUCAAUCAUCCGUGGAUUAUUGGAAACACGGCUCAGAAUAAUAACAUCUAUCAGUCCGUCUGUGAGCAGAUCCAGAAGAACUUCACCAGAUCCAAAUGGAAGCGAGUCAUUAAUGCGACAGUGGCAGUUCAUCACAUGCAACGGCUCAAGGCGGCUCACGCAGACCCUGCGGUCGCAACACAGAUGCCGUUGAUCGAGGUGCUGGACGUCUCGUCUCUAGACCCACCCCCUGAUGAGCUGGACACCAAUGGGAACCCGUCAUGCAGUCACAUGAGCCUGUCGCCUCAGUGUGAUGUCAGCAGGGGGCGUGGCCCGUUGAAGGCGUGUAACAGCGAGCCGAUGCAUGCGCUGGUCAUCACUGAGACAGGACAGCACACGUAUCACUCCGAGUCUGACCUGCACUGCACUGCUAACAGGUACAAUGACUCACUUCCUGUCUACAUAGACAGAUUGCUAAAAAUGAAGCCUGACAAAGGUCUGAACGACUCAUCUGUGUCUGUGUUUCAGUGCUACGGAUGGGCGGAGCCAGUCCCUGCAGACCGGAGUCUGCUCUAUGAUGUGAUUGUUGAUUGACAGCUGUCAGUCAAAUGAAGUGAGUAGAUUCUCAGAGUGCAAUUUUGAAGGAAUGAACGUGUUCAAUGAUCUCAUACUUCUGUCUCUCUCUCUUCAGGUCAGACUUCUGCUGACGGAUGCUUAUGUGUGUGUGUGAUUUGUUUCUUUGGGUGUCAUUUGUUUCGCAAUGGACUCAGAGUUACACAAGUGCCAACCACACACCUUUCUAUUAAAUGUUUACUUUUUAGUGUGAUGAGGAAUUCAUGGCGAGACAGUAUUGAGACCAUCUGCUCAUUUGUUACAUUAUUGUCAUCUGAUGU